UUCUUCUCCGCUUUCCACCUCCAAGCUCGCUAGCUCGCACCAAUGGCCAGUUCCGGGCUCGUCCCCCUCCUCGUUCUCCUCCUCGUCGCCCCCUCCCUCAGCGCGCCGCCCAACGCCACAGCCGUGGUGUCCAGGAUCGCAUUCGGCUCCUGCGCGAACCAGAGCGCGCCUCAGCCCGUGUGGGAAGCUAUCUUGGGGUUCGACCCACAGGUCUUCAUCUGGCUCGGGGACAACGUCUACGGGGACAACAAGCGCCCGUCCCGGGUCUUCGGGAGGGACCGGACGGUGGGGCCAUGGAGGAACCUGCCGCGGUUCUACCCGGCGACGGAGGAGGAGCUGCGGAGGAAGUACGAGCUGGGCAAGGCCGUUCCGGGGUACGCCAAGCUGAGGGAGACGGCCCAGGUGAUUGGAACAUGGGAUGACCAUGAUUACGGAUUGAAUGAUGCAGGAAAGGAAUAUAGUGGGAAAGUAUUUAGUCAAAGGCUUAUGUUAGAUUUCUUGGAUGAAGCUGAAGAUAGUUCACGGAGGAAACAAGCUGGUGUUUAUGCCUCAUACAUGUAUGGUCCUGAAGGAAAACGGGUGAAGGUAAUUAUGUUAGACACUAGAUAUCACAGAGAUCCACUUUUAAGUGAUGGAACUAUACUUGGAGAUCCUCAGUGGCAGUGGUUGGAGAGGGAGCUGCACGGUCCUCCGUCAGAGAUCACCAUCAUUGGAUCUUCAAUUCAGGUAGUAUCCAAUCUUUCUGCCACCACAGGACCUUUAUUCUAUGUGGAGUCCUGGGCACGCUUUCCAAGGGAGAGAGAACGUCUGUUUCGACUGAUCGAUAGCAGUAAGAGAAAUGGUGUAUUAUUUAUCAGUGGAGAUGUUCAUUUUGGAGAAAUCGCUCGUUUUGACUGUGGUGCUCGAUAUCCAUUAUAUGAUAUUACCUCUAGUGGUCUUACCCAAUCCGUCGAGAAUUCUGUUCCAGCAAUAUUUCAGUCUGUUAUGAGACUCCUGGCUUGGCUAACACCAACCCCCAUGCGAGUCUUCAACCCUAAUUGCCGUCACAAAUCAUGCUCGUAUGGUCAACCAAAUUUUGGAGCAAUUGAGAUAGAUUGGGGUGCAGUACCUCCCAAGAUUAAAGUUGAACUAAAAGAUUUACAGGGUAAUUCUGUUGCUGGUGUGGAGUUCCCUAUAUCCGAACUGAAGCGAUCAGAUGGGCAUUUGAACAAAAAACAAGGGCGUUCUUUUGAACGGCAUUGUAAUCUUGAAACAGAGCUUCCAUGGUUGGUACGGCGCCGCCUUGCUCUGCUGUUCAUUGGCACCAUUGCUGUUUUUGUUGUAGCUGCGGUGCUGUUUGGAGUCGCCUGCUUUUCAGCUACUAAUAUGGUCACUAAGUACAAGGUGGCAUAGCUUGGCAGUACAGAAGAUUUCGGUCUGACUACACUUGGAAAAACUGAAUUAGACACUGACCAGGGAUGUUCACGGGCUAAGGAUCACUAUGGCAUUUGAAUGUAAAUAUUGCAUGCUGUGCAUCGUACACAUCACGGAACUGAUACGUGUAACGUGGGUACGACGAAUUUUUGUGUAGUAUCUUGUCGAAGUUGUCUCAUGGAAAUUCAUUUGGUUGAUGAUGAAUGGAUAUGUACUGCAUUUUUGUGCC